GGAACUGAGGACAAGGACAAGACCAUCCCCACAACCAAGGACAACUUCCAGGAUUUACGACCCAAGGCAAGGAAAGUGGGCAAAAACCAGAAACGGAUGGAAACUAACAUUGAUCAAACCGAGGCGGAAGAGAAAUCGGAACGAAACCUCUUGGAGAGAGAGGCGGCUGUAGUUUUGUCUCAAACUGAGAAAUUGAAAAAAUGGAACAAAGAAUAUGCACCCGGAUUCACUACCAUCUCACAGAUUGCUGGGGGAAGGGCCCCAAUGGUUUCAGAAUCGGCCAAAGAGGCUCGAAGAACACUGAGGAACAUCCGACCCCUCAUUGCAGCCAGAUACGUAUCAAACGCAAAGGAGUGGCAGAUCACAACGAAUGUAGCCUUCAAAAUCCCCCACUUUGUUGAGGGGGAAAACGUGGUGAAGGUACUCAAAGAACAGGUAACACUGGAUUCCCCAUUGGGUCUCUUUGAGACAGUAGCUUUGGAAUCAGACCUGACCGACUCCAGUUCUCAGGAUGAAACAGGAAGCGUCAAACAUGGCAAGGACAAGAUGACCAGGAACUCCCCGAGGGCCUUUUCUCCCCUGAUAGCCAAGAUGUCAGAAUCAACGAAGCUGAAAACAGGGAUGAUCUGGAAACCUUGGCGAACAGUGGCUGAAGUCCCUUACAACAUCCUAGCUGGUACCGGUGUGUCGGCAAAGCUGAUGGCCUCAGUCGUGGCUCAAAUUGUCCAAUCAGGACAGCUGGAAGGGGAUGAUGAUCUAGAUGCAAGAGCCUUUGCCCUGGAUUGUGACAGGUUCUACAAAAGUGACACCUCCGACUGUUCUAAAUGGGAAGGGGACGAUGAAGGUGAGACCCGGGACCGGGACAUUGAUCUAGAUAAGGACGAGAAUGGCCAAUUUGAUCCAGAGAGUCCUGACAAGGCAGGAUACCCUGCAGUCUCUCCAGCCAAGGAUACUGGAGUAGAUUCAUCUCAAGCGAUAACUGGGGACGGGGCUUGCACGGGCACCUCUCCACUUUCUCCUACCUAGACAAUCCGGGACUGAGAGUCUCUCUAAUCUGAUCCGGCUGCAGUUAUGGAGAGCUACAGGAGAAGAGCGAAUGAGGUAAGAGGCCACAUGGAUUGGAAGAAUCAAGGACUAGUCCUCAG